CAAUUCUAAAACUGGAAGGAAAUGCAACCAAUUUGGCAGAUUGUUAUAUUGAAUUAUUACGAAUUGGAGCAUUAUUCAAUCAAUUAUCAAGUUCAGAUUAUUACUCUUUUAAAAUCUAUUGCAUUAAAAACUAUAAUAAAUG